AUGGCAGUAUCUAAGUUUAGUGAUGUCGACGAAUAUGGAUUCAAACGAGAGCCAGAUUUCGACUAUCAGUCAUACGAGGACAUUAUGUCCAGUUACCUGACGGUAUUAACGACCCGAAGCAUGCGUUGGCAGAAGUUCCUGAAGGAUACAGACAUGCUAAAGAAUCGUGCGAAACUUAAGCGCUUCGUGCGUAAAGGCAUCCCAGGUUCACUGAGGGAGGAAGUGUGGAUGAAAUCGUCCGGUGCGAAGGAAUUGCAGCAACAGAAUCCAAACCUCUACCAAACGCUCCUGACGUACGAAUAUGAUCAGGAAAUAUCGGACCAAAUUAAGCUCGAUCUGCCAAGGACAUUUCCGGACAAUAUUCACUUUGAACAGUAUCACCUGAGCUUGUAUAAUGUGCUCAUCGCAUUUGCUCACCACAACCGGACGGUUGGUUACUGCCAGGGGCUGAACUACAUAGCAGGACUGCUGCUGUUGGUAACAAAAAACGAAGUUUCAUCAUUCUGGCUUCUAAAGGUGAUUGUAGAGAACAUCGUGCCACUGUACCACACCAAGUCGAUGGAAAAUCUAAUAACGGACAUCGAAGUGCUCAGUGAGCUGAUCCGACUGCGUGCCCCUGACGUGCAUCGGCACAUAUUUGAUCUGGGACUCCCAUGGCCUGUGAUAGCGACCAAGUGGUUCAUUUGCAUGUACGCGGAGGUAGUACCGACGGAGACCGUGCUUCGGAUCUGGGACUGCAUGUUUCUCGAGGGCAACAAAAUAUUGCUCCGUGUUGGAUUGACGAUCGUCGUCCGUUUGCGGCAGGAUCUGCUGGCGACCGACGACAUCGCGACACUAAUCGGGCUGUUUCGGUCGCUGGAAAAAUCGAACGUGUUGAUGGAUUGCCACGAGUUUAUGAAAAGUAUAUUUAAAGUUCCGGGAAAUCUGCGUCGAUCGCAGCUCACCGCCCUGCGUCAGCGGUUCUACGACGAAAGAAUGGCCAGCAAAAGCAAAGUUUCCUAGGGGUUGGAGAGCUAUAUU